GAUCUUUCGGAUAUAGUGGAUGUUUACGACUCUUGAGUUCAGUUUGGUUCAUUUUCUUCCAACUUGUUUUGGUUCAGUUUUUUUUUCAAUUCCGGAUAAUUUACCAAGGCAUAACGAAAUUGGUUAGAUGUAACCCAGGUGGACCGAUUGGUUUAAAAGAGACCCGGUUCACUCGACCUGCGUUGCGUCGUUGCCUAUAUAAACAAACACUCGACCUUCCUCAACUCCCCUCUUCUCGCUUUCGCGCACUGAACUUUCCACAGUGAGAAGAAAAAAAAAAAAGAGAAAGAUGACUCUAACUCUAAGCAUGGCGGAAACCCUAGACGCUCUAAUCGAUAACAACCCCCAAGAAACCGAUUACUCCUCCUACGCUCAUCAUCCCGAGGAGGAAGAAGACAACAACAACAACAACAUCGAUCUCUCUCUCCUCCGCAUCAACAGCUUCGGUAACUCCUCCGAUCGCCGCCGCCGUACGAACUCCUCUCCUCCGCGCGGAUCUUUCGGCUCUUCUCCCGCCGCCAUCAGCCCCGUGAAACGGCCCUCCCCGGAGUCUAAAGAAGCCGACGAGCCUAUGGGAUACUCGAAGAUUCCUCUUCCCGUGGAUUGCAAUCCGUCGACGCGAGUCCGUUCGUCUCCGAUCUACAAACGAUCUCUCUCAGAUACGUUUGCUUCCCGAAGAAGCCGUGUCGCUCAAGAAACAGCACUGCCGCCACGGCCGCCGGUCUUCCGGAGGUGCGUCUCCGAUCUCUCGCCGGGACGUCCGCAGGCGUUUCGUGGACCUUCUUCUCGAGAAACUGAUCUUGCGGUUGAAGAAACGUCUGAAGCCAAUAAGAUGCUCUAUGCUAUCAAGAAUGGAGUUUUUGAAUUGGAUCAGUGGUGUAACAAGCUUCUACAGUACGGUGAAUCGGUCUCUUCUCUGAAACAAGAUGGCGGCAGUCCUAAGCGUGUUAUCAAGGAGGGAGUUCGUGAAUUGGAUCAGUGGUGUAACAAGCUCAUCAAGUACGGUGAAGCUGUGAAGCCAGACGACAGUCCUAAGGGAGUUGAGUCACCAGAGGAGGAGCACGAGAAAGAGGGUAAAGAAGGAGUGAAGGUGGACAGAGUUGGUGAGGCUUUUGUUGUUGAGAUCAACUGUCCUUGUGGAAGAAACUACAGAACUCUCUUCUCUGGCCGUGACUGCUACUACAAGCUCUUGUAGACCAUGGUUUUCAUCAUCCGUACGUACGUAUGUGGAAGGAUCUCUCUCUCUCAUCCUCACAAAGCUGCUGGUAGAUAGACGUACGCACACUGUUUCGUGCUUGCAGAUACUAGCUAUACACACAUUUCGUUUCAUUUGUACAGAUUGUGUUCCAUACGCUUCGUUUCAUAGAGAUAAUAUACACAUUGAUUGUUCUAGUGUCAUACUCUUGUUACCCUUAUUCGUUGAAAUGGAUGUG